AUGGACUUUGUGUACCAAGAACUUCCUGGCAGCAGUACAGAAAAAGCGUCCGACUGUAAUUCAGCCCCGGAUCGCCCCAAUUAUUCAUCAAGUUCGGGCCAUCAUCGUAUUGACAAGAUGAUAAAAUUCUUCUUGGAUCAUCCUUGGUUACUGCUCAAAGACAUGAUCCUACUGAGCCUAGCAGUCCCCGGAUUCGUCGCUCUCAUAGCUCCGUCAGCAGCGUGCACAGAACCGCAAAGAGCAGCAACGGCAUCGGAAAACCAGGCCAUUAUACAUACUGCACCACUAGGACAUUGCAACUGUGGUGAUUCAGUGGCCGAGGCUGUGGAGAUGGGUUGCAAAUACGAUGCCCUCGCUGCCGCCUGGCUCCCCGACCACUGCAGAGAUGACGCCCUAACGGCUGAGUUUGAGAGGAUGGGACACGAGAAGGGAGGGAAAUGGCCGUAUUACUCAGACCAGAACCUCACGAAGGGUAUUUCGGUAGAAGAACUGGGACCUAAAGCUGACGAGCCUGGGUUCUUGUUCUAUUCUACAGGAGAGUGGCAUAUGGCGCACUGCUUGUUCUACUGGAAGAAGCAGUAUAGAGCACGGUUCAACAACGUUACGGUAGAGCCUCGAUACGAUAAUGAGCGCCAUAUUCAGCAUUGCAUCACGGUACUGUUGCAGCCUGGUGCACUGAAAGGAAGGGUUCAGGCAGGCGUAGAACUUGCUUCAGACUAUCUUUAG